GUUUCAACGUAGAUUCAGAACUCGAAGUUUCAACGUAGAUUCAUCAGCAACGCGCUUUCUCACCUCACCGUCUGUCUUCUGGAAUAACGUGCCGUUUAUAGCGUCCCUUUUCAGUAUUUAUAUAUAUUAUACAUUUCUUGCAUUAGAUUACUUGAAUCAAUUCAAUUUCAAAUAUUAGAACUCCUAAUUUUGUGGUAAUGGCAGAAACAAACCCCAAAUCUCAACCAGAAGUUGUAAGAAUUCGACCCCUCCCAAUCUUUCAUUUCUUGUUUAUUUGCUGGCAAUUUUAUGAUUUGUAUCGAGGUAGCGUUUUGGAUGAUUUUUCCGAUAAGAUGGAUGAGACCAAAGAGCAGAGGAUGAAGCGUUUGGAAUUCGUGCAAGUUGCGGCGUUCGAUGCGGUGAUUUUUGCUGCGAAAGUCUACAAUUACACCAAGGACAAAUCAGGGCCUCUGAAGCCCGGAAUUCAGACCGUCGAGGGCACCGUCAAGACCGUCGUGGGACCCGUCUAUGACAGAUACCACGGCGUUCCCGUCGAAUUUCUCAAAUUUGUCGAUCGCAAGGUAGAUGAGUCGAUGAACAUGGUACAGAGUCAUGUCCCUGCAGUUCUAAAGCAGAUGUCUACCCAAGCCUUCUCGACUGCUCAGAAGGCUCCGGUUGCGGCUCGCUCAGUUAUGACAGUAGCUGAGCAUUUAGCAGUUUCAACCUGGUGCUCUCUCAAUCGGCUCCCGCUCUUCCCUCAGGUGACCAAAGUAGUCGUUCCAACAGCCAGUUAUUAUACUGAGAAGUACAACCAGUCUGUUCAACUUUCAGCUGAGAAAGGGUACAAGGUUGCAUCAUAUCUACCGUUGGUCCCAACAGAGAAGAUCGCGAAGGCAUUUAGCGUUGAUAAAACCGAGCCUGUGGUUUUGACCGGAGGAGCUGUUGAAGCAAAUUGAUGCGGUUUCCAUUUGUUGCUAUUAACAUGGUAACACAGUGAUAUAUUUUCAUAAGAAUGUUGUGGAUGAUGGAGAAACAAGGAAAUGUUAUGAAAUAUUUUGUUUUGUUACAUCUGAGAUAGGUUCCUGGUAUGAAUGAAUAUUCGUUUUGAUUGUUGUCGUCUAUGUUUACGUGUGUUUAUUUCAUCGUGCAUGAUUUGCCGCUUCUGCGGUAUUGCUCAUAUUGUACUUUCUUGUGUUGCCUAUCAUCGAUAAGACAUGGAUAGAGUAAUCAAUGAAAAUGCGAAUUCCAGUUCA